GGAGAGAGAGAGGCUGAGGAUGGGCCAGAGAACUUACAACCCCUCGGUGCUGCUCCAUAACUGGUUUGAAGAUCUCACCUUGGACCAGGAUGUUAUUAAAGACUUCAUUGCGAAGAAAGAACGUGGGGAGCUUCUGAUACAGAAGAUGGGAUCUUACAAAGAAAUUCUACUGGAUAAGACUGAGCUUGCCAAAAGCUGCGAUGGAUAUGUUCAUUUUGGUGAUGCAGUUAUACUUAUUAAUCCUGGUACUGUAGACAAAAAUGCAGCCAACAUCCAUCCAUUUCGUCAUCCCAUGUCAUUGACUAUGAACGUUGAUCAAAGCAGAUUCCUGACAAGUACAAAAAUUGAUUCACCGUGUGAAGUGAGUGGCAGCCUGGAGUUAGGCCCCACUAUUAGAAAUACUUUUGUUAUUUCAAGUGUUGAUGGCAGUUGUGAUGGUGAUCCUCUCCGAUACGGACAGAGCUUUGCCCUCAGAACACUGGAAGGAGUUGCUGGGCAGCUAUACUUGACAAGUGAUAUCAAAUUAUUUCUGAAAUUUGCCAGAAAAUCUCGGAUGCAGCUAGUGAAUCUGACAGACCAGCUCUCAUUCCUGAGCUGUUGGCAGGUCUUAUACUUGGAUCCACAGAUGCGCCUUGAAUAUGAUGGAUACCCAGUGCAAGCAAAUGUAAAAGUACUUAUCAGCCAUACCCGUACAAACCAGGCUUUAGCUGCACUUCCAAAAUACUCCUUCUGGACAGCGUUUGGAAGAGAGUAUGAAAUCACUGCCAACACCUUCUAUGAUAGCCAUCGAGCUGAAGAAGACUUGAACCACUGGGUUAUUGUCACUGGAGAUCCUGGUGUCCCACAUGGCACCUUGUUUCAGGCACCUCAGCCUAUUUGUAAGGAUGAAAACUCAAAGGAAAAGCAUCCUCGGGCAUCACCUGACUACUCAACUCAACAGCCCACUUGUUAAUUUAAUGAGCUAUAACUAAUGAAACUUCUGAUCUACCAUUAGGAAAGUAUCAUUUCAUCUUCCCCAUUCCCCCAGCUUGAAAGUCUGUAAAUAAUAUUGGCAAUUCCAUACAUGAGCCUUAUUUGAACCAAUGAGAAAUAUCAAUCACAAAAUAUUUGGAAAAGCUGCAAGCUUAUGCCAUUUUAUGCAAAAUGUCAUCACAUUCAAUGUUAAACUUUUCUAAUGUGAUCAAAAUGCGACAAAAUAUAGGGAAUGACAGACAAAGGUUAAAUUCUGACCAAUGUAGGAGUGUAUGAUUGUACUUUUAAUAAAUCAGCUAGCUUUUCAAGUUAAA